AUGAUCUUGACUUUGAUGCUAUUCUCUCUGCUAUGUACUAGUGAGGCUGCAGCUCUAGGUGCCAGUGCGUCUGUGCUCUCAGGUGCUGGUGAGUCCGCCCUCUCAGGUACUGUGUCGGCUUCGGCCUCUCACACCUUCACCCUUGACUCUGGAGCGUCUCGCUCCUUCUUUAGGGACCGCACCACUCUCACGCCGCUGAGUCGGCCGGUUGCGGUGUCCCUGGCUGACCCCUCUGGGGGACCUGUCCUGUCUCGCUUCUCCACUGUCCUCCCGUGUCCAGCGGCCCCCUCUGGCACCCUGACCGGUCUCUACCUCCCCUCGUUCUCGACGAACUUGGUGAGUGGUGCUGACCUCCAGGAUGCAGGUGUCCACCAGUUCACCCCUGCUCGUCAGCGGGUGACCCACUGUACGGAGGCGGAUACAGGUCGUCACCUGGCUACGUUUACACGUCGGCCAGGGUCGAGCCUGUACACACUGACCACUGCUUCUCCUCCAGGUGCUGCGUCUGGUAGAGUCCCUUCGUCUGGUCAGGUGUUUGCUGCAGCGUCCAGGUCUGGUCCUGAGUCUGCCCCCUGUUCGUGUCGUCGUCUGUCUCACGAGACCCUCCUCUGGCACCACCGCCUUGGCCACCCCUCUCUGCUUCGGCUCAGAGGCAUGGCCUCGCGGGUCCUUGUGUCUGGUCUUCCCCGGUCCCUCCCUCCCCUUCCUCCGGGCCCUGGCCCUGCCUGUGUCCCCUGUGUCGAGGGGCGCCAGCGUGCUGCCCCUCACUCCUCCCAGUUUCCUCCGACAGAGGCCCCGCUGCAGACGCUUCACAUGGACGUGUGGGGCCCAGCCCGCGUCCGUGGACAGGGUCAGGAGCGCUACUUCCUGCUGGUGGUUGACGACUACUCGCGUUACACCACAGUCUUCCCCUUGCGCAGCAAGGGUGAGGUCACUGCGGUGUUGAUCGACUGGAUCCGCGCAGCUCGUCUUCAGCUUCGGAGGAGCUUUGGCUCUGACUUCCCUGUUUUGCGUCUGCACUCGGACAGAGGCGGAGAGUUCUCCUCUGGCCUCCUGAGUGCCUACUGUCGUGUGCGAGGCAUCCGUCAGACCUUCACGCUUCCGGACUCACCACAGCAGAAUGGGAUUGCUGAGCGCCGCAUUGGCAUGGUCAUGGACGUCGCUCGUACGUCCAUGAUGCAUGCGGCUGCUCCCCAUUUUCUGUGGCCGUUUGCGGUCAGGUACGCUGCGCACCAGAUCAACCUCCACCCCAGGGUCUCUCGACCAGAGACCUCCCCAGCCCUGCUGUGGACGGGGAAGGUUGGCGAUGCGUCGGCGUUCCGGGUCUGGGGAUCUCGGGCGUUUGUUCGCGACCUGUCUGCGGACAAGCUGUCCCCUCGUGCUUCUCCCUGCGUCUUCCUGGGGUUCCCCCCCGACGCCCCUGGGUGGCAGUUUUACCACCCCACCUCUCGACGUGUUCUGUCCUCCCAGGACGUCACGUUCAACGAGUCGGUACCCUACUACCGCCUCUUCCCCUACCGCACUCCGUCCCUCCCCCCGCUCCCGCUCUUCUUGGUACCAGGUCCCCCCCCGGUAGUCCCCCUCCCCCCUCAGGGUCCUGCCCCUUCAGGUGUGUCCCAGGUAGACGCAGUCGAGCCUGUCGAGGUCACUGGUGACUCUGGUGCUGCUGCGGGAGCUGAGCCUGAGGGUGCGGAGUCUGGGGGUGCUGAGCCUGGGGGUACUGUGCCUGGGGGUGCUGAGCCUGGAGGUGUCGAGCCUGGGGGUGCUGUGCCUGGGGGUGCUGAGCCUGGGGGUGCUGAGCCUGGGGGUGCUGAGCCUGGGGGUGCUGAGCCUGGGGGUGCUGAGCCUGGGGGUGCUGUGCCUGGGGGUGCUGAGCCUGGGGGUGCUGAGCCUGGGGGUGCUGUGCCUGGGGGUGCUUCGUCUCGCCGAGAGCCACUCCCCCCACAGGAGCUGCGUGAGUGGUUUGCCAGGCGCUGGAGGCGUGCUGCUGGUGCUGGUGGUUCUUCGGCUGCAGAGGGUACUGCUGCCACGCGUCCUGGUGGUGCUCCUACUGUGGGUGCUGGAGCUGCUGGGUCUGAGAGUUCUCCUGGAGCUGGUCCUGCUGAGGGUGUUGGCGCUGAGCCUGCGGUUGGCGGUCCGACUGACAGUGUUCCUGGUGCUGCUGCUGGAGGUUCUGGAGCUUCUGGUGGUUCUGCUGGAGGUGCUGCUGGAGUGGGUGCUCCGGACGGGGCUGCUGCUGCUGUUCCUGCUGUUUCUGGUGUCGCCGCGCGGCCCCGACCGUACUUCGUUCCGCUCCUGCAGCAGGUUCUUGGUCUUGCACCUCCUCCUGCUCCCUUAGAGGGUCCGCAGCCUGUUCGGUCACAGCCACAGCUCCAGCCUGCCUCCCCUUUGCCUGCUCCUUCUCCCUACGCUGGUCCGACUGGAGGUCUUACUGAGCGUCGUGAGCCUGCGUCUCGUCCUGCGUCGCCUGUUCGUACUGAGCGCGCUAGUGGUCGUGGUUCGCGUCAGCGUCCUCCUCCUGUCCCUGGCACGCACCGGAUGUCACUGCAUCCGUCCACUGCUCCUCUGCGUGCCCCUUUGCCUUCUCCUCCUGCUUCCUCUCUUCCUGCUCUUGCCGACCCUGAGUCGGACUCUCUUCGCGCUGCCAGUCCUACUGUCACGCGUCUCCUUGCUACUGCUGUUACUGACCCUUCCUUCGAGUCGUCUGCUGCGUCUGCCCUUGUCACUGAGCUUGUCGACUUUGCUGCGCGCUGUCGUCUAGACUACGCUGCUCGUCUUGUCACUGAGUCUGAGUCCGCCUGUCCUCCGUCCGUCGGGGGUGAGUGUGCCCUUGGCACGGACGUCCUUGAGGACAGGCAGGAGGAGUUCCAGUGUCUGGCCGCUGCUUCACCUCGUCUUGCGUCUGUACUGCUAGCCCCUGAGGGAGACCCGGAUGCACCAGACAUCCCGACUCCGCGCUCUUACGCGGAGGCGAUAGAGGGUCCCUACUCCUCUCAGUGGCAGGCAGCUAUGGAUGCAGAGAUGGCUUCGUGGAAGUCCACAGGCACCUACGUUGACGCUGUUCCCCCUCCUGGGGCGAACAUCGUCAGUGGCAUGUGGAUUUUCAGGGUGAAGCGGCCGCCGGGUUCUCCGCCUGUCUUGAAGGCGCGUUACGUGGCUCGUGGCUUCAGUCAGCGGCAGGGGGUUGACUACUUUCAGACCUUCUCCCCCACCCCGAAGAUGACCACUCUUCGGGUUCUGCUGCACGUUGCUGCUCACCGUGACUACGAGCUGCACUCUCUUGACUUCAGCACUGCUUUCUUGCAGGGCAGCCUGCACGAGGAGAUCUGGCUGCGUCGCCCACCUGGCUUCACUGGGUCUUUCCCUCCUGGUACCCAGUGGAGUCUCCGGCGUCCAGUCUACGGUCUCCGCCAGGCGCCACGUGAGUGGCACGACACACUGAGGACUACGCUCGCGGCACUUGGGUUUGCUCCAUCUACUGCCGACCCGUCGCUGUUUCUUCGCACCGACACCUCUCUGCCGCCGUUCUACAUCCUCGUGUACGUCGACGACUUGGUCUUUGCCACAGCUGACACUGCUGGACUCGCCUACGUGAAGUCCGAGCUGCAGAAGAGACACACGUGCACUAACCUGGGUGAACUGCGCAGCUACCUUGGCUUGCAGAUCACCCGGGACAGAGCACGCCGCACCAUUACCCUGACUCAGUCACACAUGGUGCAGCAGGUCCUUCAGCGCUUCGGCUUCACGUACUCCUCGCCUCAGGCCACUCCUCUGCCUACUCGCCACUCGCUCUCAGCUCUGCCUUCGGAUGAGUCCGUAGAGUCGAGUGGCCCGUUUGCAGAGCUUGUUGGCUGCCUCAUGUACCUGAUGACCUGCACACGACCUGACCUCGCAUACCCUCUUAGCAUUCUCGCACGCUUUGUUGCUCCUGGGAGACACCGACCAGAGCACAUGGCUGCAGCGAAGAGGGUGUUGCGCUACUUGUGCAGUACGUCGGGCAUGGGGUUAGUGCUUGGAGGGCGCAGUCCAGUGGUCCUCACUGGGCACGCAGACGCUUCUUGGGCUGACGACCAGGCUACGCAGCGGUCGUCACAGGGUUACACCUUCAGCCUAGGUUCCGGCUCUGUCUCGUGGCGGGCUACCCGCUCGUCUUCUGUUCAUGGCUCCAGUUGUGAGGCUGAGAUCUACGCUGGGGCUAUGGCUGCACAGGAGUUACGCUGGCUCACCUACCUGCUGACCGACCUUGGAGAGCAGCCUCGUUCUCCUCCAGUCCUGUACGUAGACAACAAGGCCAUGCUGGCCUUGUGUCGAGAGCAGCGACUGGAGCACAGAACGAAGCACAUUGCUCUCCGCUACUUUCUUGCUCGUGAGCUACAGCAGCGUGAACAGCUACGACUUGCGUACGUGGCCUCUGAGGCCAACACUGCUGAUGUGUUCACCAAGGCACUUGCGCCUUGUGAUCAUCAGCGUUGUUGCACGCAGUUGGGUCUUGUGGCUGUCUUGCCUCACUUGCUCUCCUCUUGA